AACCUGCUGAUGGGUGGUCCCAUCCAGUUGUGGGUCGCUGGGUGGACAGUCAUGGGCGGGGGCGCGGUGUGUUGGUCUGGGACGAGUUUGGACGUUUGCCACGUGAUGAUCUUCGGGCUCGGGUUGGUCAUGCCUAUUGUUCUCCCGGGCCUGUUAUUGUCCAUCAGUGGCAGGGAUCGGAUGUGCGUGUCUUGUCGUCUGUUUCUGUUCGCGUUGGGUCUUGGGUGUACCGCUGUGAGGAGGGGCUCUGGUUUGCAGCUCGGCCAGGUCCCGUUUCUGGUCGGCUUUUUGUCCUUUUACAGAUUGACAAAAGCCCUCCUUCUGCUUGGGACAUUGACCGGUGGUACUCUGUGUCCACGCGUUCUCCUUCUCAAUGCGGUUUUUCUGUUUCGCGCGUCGCUGAGCCAGGUUGUCAAGCUUGCGUUGGUCCAUUAACUUUGCAAGAGCGGAGCGAUGUGAUUCGCCGUCUUCGAGGCUCUAAGCCUGGACCUUCUGGGUGGAAGCUGGAGUUCUUGUCCUUGUUUCCCAGUUGGGUGCAAGAGAUCUAUUGGUCCAUGCUGGAUUUGCAGCGUGGUGUUGGGCUCGUGGCACCCAGCCUCAAGACUGCCUUGCAGGUUCACCUUCCCAAACCAGAUGGGGGCUGGCGGCCUUUGACAAUGUUAGAAGAAGGCUUCAAGGCCAUUGAAGGGUGCAGUGUCCUCUCCCGCGUAGCUAGCGCUGCCCAGGAUCCUGUGCUUAGACUCCGUGAGCAUAGUCAAGCCGCCUAUCGCACUUCUGCUGGGCGAAGCGUUGCUAGCGUUGGUUACGCGGAUGAUGUCGAGCAUUAUGGUUCUGGACUUGUCGAUCUCCCUGUUAUUUUGGCAGAACUCAGCGCAGGCAGUGUUGCAACUGGUAUAGGGUUUUCUUGGCGCAAGUUUUGGGCAUAUGCGUCUGACUGGGACCAAGCCUUACCCCACCUUCCUCCCGAUGCUUCUGCCGUUGUGUUUGUCAAUGGGGCCAACGUCCAGAGUUGGGACAUAUGGGCUGGUGGUGUCCGCCAAGCUUUCCUGCCUCGAGGGGACCAUGCUCGCAUUGAUCGUUUGUUGGGUAAGCGUGGUGUUCUGUUUGAUCGACAUUCCUUGCCAGCUGAGGAUUUGCUAUCCAAGUCCGCUGCAGCGCGCCGGCGCUUGUCAGCCAAGCAUUGCUCUUGGGAUGAAUGCUUAGCUUUGUACCAGUGGGUGAUGCGUGGGGUUCGCUCCACAGCGGAGCGCGUCAGCCUUUUAGCCGCCUUCCACAUAGGUGGGCUGGGCGCCCCAUCGGUGGUUGAAACAUUGGUCGCUUCUUGUGCUUCUGGCUUGAUCACUUUGCUCUCUGGUUCUUCGACUGCUAGCCUAGUCGCGCGGGACUCGCUCCGGCACGCUUUGUUGCUUCCUCCGCAGCAGGCCAAGGAUUGGGACGGGCUGGUGGUGCGGGGGAUGCGUUUCCUGUCUGGUUAUGGGUUUCACAUCACCGUGUCUACUGACCGGUUCGUGGGUCGGGUUCUGGAUUUGUUGGCUGCGCAUUCUGCACACCCGCACGCCUUGUUAGGUCCCUUUGACCCUGCUGCUUUUUCCGCUUCCCAGCGGUUUUGUCGAGUGGGGUUGGUGGCCAACACGCUGCGCGCCGUUUUUGCGCAAUUCCGUCGCGCUUCUCUCCCCUCUUGUGCCUGGGGGGAUGUUGCGCAAUGGGCCCCGCACGUUCAAGUUGAUUGCGGGUUUGCUCUUGCUGAUCUUGCGCGCGCCGCCGGGUCAGCUUUAGCAAAUGCCGCACAGGAAUGGCGCGCUGAGUGUGCGCUCUUCCGUCCGGACGUCCCGCCUCCCCCCUUCUUACAGAUUGGCCUGAGUGUGCAUGGGAAGACCCUUGGUGCGAUUCUGCGGAUCCGCGCAGUCAACAUUAGGUUGGAGCGCUCUUGGACUGGAUCUGCCACGGUCCCAUCUUGGAGGUUGCAUCAGGCACGACAUCCUUCGCACUGGAAUCGUUCCCUUCCUGUGGAUGGCAAGAUGCGUCGUAUGAGUUCCAUCAGCUUCAAUACCUUUGGGCUGGUGGGUGUUGAUAUCAAAAGCCACCAAGUGAAUUCUGAAAUUCCGUUUGCUUCUCUUGUAGCCGGCAAUGAGGCACAGGACUCCGGAUGCGCUGACGUCAUCCAUCAACCGGUUCAAGGCAAGGUGGCGUCUUUCCCUCAGCAGGUCUUUGGAGCGUGCUUGAAUGCUGCGUGGUACACUGCUUGCGUCCCUUUGCUCACUUGGCGUUGUUGGUGUCUGCCGACCGACGCGGCUGCAGUUGACUUAUCGCGCGUCUUGUACCGGUGUGUCCGUGCCAUUGGUGGCGGGUGGACCGAACAGCUACAUGUGGACCCGGCCCUUGCUUCCUUGGCAGAACAAUGGCGUGUCCAAUGCCGUUUGUCUUCUAUACGUUCCUGUCCUUUGUGUCAAACGGGCCCUGGUACCCCACGACAUGUUGUAAUGGUUUGCCCUUCCAUGCGCCCUCUAGUUGAUAUGUUGCGGGACUGUCUGGAACAAGAGUUUGCAAGGUUGGUUCCCGCUUCUGUUCUCCUGGAACGUGCGGGCACUUGGCGCACCACCCUUGAGUCGCAAGGGCGGCCUUUGGGCCGGUCGGAUCCUGUCGAUGCCCGUCGUUGGCCAAUAUUGACGGCUUGGCGUUUUCUGGUGCCGAUGCCUGAUCGCGAACCAGUGCUUUCUGCCGAUGUCAAUGGGAGCAGCAAGGCUGCCGUGGCUGCUGAGACGGCCAGUGACUUAGGCUAUCGAGCCAUUUUGCCUUUUGCGCUUGGGCAGGCUGUGUGUCGGCUUGCUACCAGUACUACUACAAAUAGUUUUGAGGGGGAACGUUUCGCAGUGGUUCACAACCCUGGAGAUGUUCAACAAGAAGCCGUGCAAGAAACUGCAAGGAAAAACCAGAUGGCGCCUGCCAUCACAGUUACCACACUUCUGCUUCUUGGUCUCCGGCGUGUGAGAAUCGAGUACGCGAAGCGUACCUCGUUCUGGCGUGCCUGUGCUUCUUUGUUCUUCGAGGAGACACCGGUUGAUGUUGGUCCUUCGCGGGGGCUCCCCGCCCCUUCAACUUUGCAGGGGUGGUUGGUGUCUGCUGCCGGCCAGUCUUGUGUCAAGGAAUGGCGUUGGUUGGUCCCUACCCCGUCUGUUCUCGAAUCUCGUCUGCGCCGUGAACCCACCGGGGUGCGCUCAUUGACAUGCCAACAUAUGGCUGAGAUUCAGGCACACGGUGUGCCUUUGAUGAUUGAUGGGUCCCCGUCCUGGGGGCCAGCCCAGCUACUUUGGCAGGAUGCGCGGUUGGUGCUCGAUACUAUAGGUGUGCUUGUGUUGCUACCUCCCCGCUUCCUGCGCUCAUGGUUUGUGACGGGUGUGGCUGUGCGCGUCUUUCCCCCGCUUGCGAACAUUUUCAUGACGCGGAACCCGGCGUUCUUCGUCCAGUCCUUGGCGUGGACCUCCUCCUUUGACCCGUCCACCUGUCGCUGCGUCAGGGGCGCGUCCGGAUGUUGGCCCACCUCGGCAGCAAAGGGCUCGGAGAAGUGCGGUGCUAAGUGGUCGGCCUCGCCGUUCCAGUCCAAGAAGGGCCAGGGCGGGUGGACAACCUGCUGCUGCUCCAACUCGCCGGCCUAUCUUUCAGGGGCAGGGGCGACCAAGUGCUCCAGCAGUUGGUCAAGAGAGGCCACGUCGCACCAGAACCCCAAGACCGGCAACAACCAGUGCAUCAGUGAAUCCUUUGACGCCCAGGUCUUGGGUGAACUAGGAGUGGGCCCUAACUCAGAGCCUGCUGCGAUUCCCACUGAAGACUUUGGUGAUGUCGCUGUCCGAGGGGCUCGUGAAGCCUUGUCCCUUGCGGACGAUGACGAUGUAUAUCUGCCGGUGGAGGUUGUGUCCUGGGACGGUGGCUACUGCCAUGA